AAAUCACAGAGUGCUGAAGCUGUGGGAUAUUACCUCCUCAAAGGAAGAUCUUACUCUCAUUCUUCAGCAGAUCAACAACAGGUUGAUUGCAAGAUGAAUUCAGGAGGAAGGAGGCUGAAGCAGUGGCUCAUAGAGCAGAUUAACAGUAAUAUUUAUUCUGGGUUGCUGUGGGAGGAUGAAGCUCACACCAUGUUCCGCAUCCCGUGGAAACAUGCAGGGAAACAGGACUAUAACCAAGAAGUCGACGCUUCCAUUUUUAAAGCUUGGGCGGUGUUUAAGGGCAAGUUUAAGGAAGGAGACAAAGCUGAACCUGCUACAUGGAAGACCAGAUUGCGAUGUGCGCUCAACAAAAGUCCAGAUUUCGAAGAAGUAACAGAUCGCUCGCAGCUGGACAUCUCUGAGCCAUACAAGGUGUACAGGAUUGUCCCUGAGGAAGAGCAGAAGCAAGUUAAAACCAUCUACCCUGCGAACGAUGCAGUCGACAUAGAGUCAGCCCAGAGCCUCGAUCAGCUGAUCAAAGAGCAGUCUAAUGACGACUACGCAGACAGUAUCAGGAGGAGUCCGUCUCCUAUGGAUGGGAAUUGCAACGUUCAGUCGCCGCAGGAGUUCUGGCAACCUGGCUCGCAGAACGUUUUCCCAAACCAUCUGGACACCUCGCCAAUAAACUCAUUUAAUGCUGUUUUGGCUCAGAUGAUGAUCUCUUUCUACUACGGAGGAAAGCCGAUGGGCCACACAGUGACCACUCACACCGACGGGUGUCGGAUCUCGCCCUGCCAGCCCCCCGUCUCCAACGCGCUGCUGUACGGCUCGGACAGCCUGCAGACCGUCCGCUUCCCGUCUGUGGAGCUCAUCGAGAACGAGCGCCAGCGCUCCGUCACGCGCAAGCUGUUCGGGCACCUCGAGCGCGGAGUUCUGCUGCGCGCCAACCGCGAGGGCAUCUUCAUCAAACGUUUGUGUCAGAGCCGCGUGUUCUGGAGCGGCCAGGACUCCCAGUACGGCUCAGGCGUUAGCAAACUGGAGAGGGACGCUGUGGUCAAGAUCUUUGACAACAACAGGUUUUUACAGGCUUUGCAGAUGUAUCAGGAGAAUCAGUUCCCGGCUCCGGACCCCACGGUCACGCUCUGUUUUGGAGAAGAGUUUGCCGACUUUAGCACUGUGAAGAACAAGCUGAUCAUCGUGCAGAUCACGCCUGUAAAAUGUCAGCAGCUGCUGGACACCGUGUCGGCUCACCGAGCUCAGUACAGCAGCAACCUGGAGAUCUCCGACGAGCUUCCCGGCGAUCAGAUGCCUUACCAGGACGUUUGCAACUACUCUUACCCGCAGCGGCCCGCGUGCUACAGAGACAACCUGCCCAUCAUCGCCUGAAGUGCAGCUCCGAUCAACCAAACAGACUGAUUCAAAUAAAGACAACAACAACAACAACAACAAUGACUAAACGAUUUGUUGGCAUUAGCAGUGAUGUGAGCUUUGAUGAAGCUACACGUAGCAUCGUGUUUUCUCAGGAAAUCUCUUCAUGAAAAUGUUCUCAGGAAAGGUUGUGUUUUUUUAAACAUGUAUUUUGGUAGAAAACGUAUUUCUCAUUUUUGUUUGCCGAUCACUUUUAUUUCUUUGCAGUUUUAUAUGCAACAUAUGAUCUCCAGCUAGUAAGUAGAUAGGUUUUACUAUCUUCAGCUUCUUGUACUGUGACUUUGCUAAUAAAGUUUUUUAAGCAUUA